AUGGCCAUUCCGAGUGCAUUUGCUUCUCACUCCCUUGCUCUGGCUCUGGCCCUGCUCCUUGUUGUGACUCCUCUUUGCACAGCUAAAAUCAUACUUUACUCUGGCGAAACCUUGAAGACCAAGAAAUCUCUUGUCUGGAAAAGCUACACUUUCAUUAUGCAGGAGGAUUGCAACGCGGUCCUGUAUGACCAUGGCAAACCAAUAUGGGUUUCCCAAACUUAUAGUAGGGGGACCAGGUGCUACAUCACACUGCAGAGUGAUGGAAACCUGGUCAUUUAUGACGAUAGUAACACCGCCGUGUGGGCGAGCAACACCAACUUAGCAGAAGCCACCUACGUCCUCAUCAUACAAAAAGAUCGCAAUCUUGUGCUCUAUGGCGCCGCAUGCUGGGCAACCAACACCAACAUCGGUGGCUCUGCAGGUGCUAUGUUCAUCAAAAGUAAGGCCACCAUCUUUGGUGCUUUGCCUGCUAAUAAAACUACCGAAGAAGCCAAGGCAUCUGGUACUAUAUCCAUGGUUAUCAACAAUUAA